AUGCUAACAACAAGUGGAUCUGCAGCAACAGGAUUAACCCUUGAUGCUAACAAUCUUUAUCAAACAACAUCUGUUAGUAUGACAGGACAAGAUUAUACUACAUCUAUGAUACCUAAUUAUACAACAUCAGCUUUAAAUUCUUAUAAUACAUAUGCCUAUCCAUAUAAUACAGCAGCAACUGCGUAUACAACACCUUAUGUUACAACAACAGGAAAUGGUGUUCAUAUGGCAACGGCUUACGGUAACUUUCAAACAGGAAAUGGUACAUUGAUCUCAGGAGUUCAACAAAAAACAACAUCAAAUAGUUUAUCUUCAUUAGAUAGUUGUACUGAUUUUGUAGUUAAUGAAAAUUCUUUUGUUACAAAACUUCCUUGUAAACCUGGUGAACAAAAUAUGACUGCAGCUGAUUUUGCUAGAAUUAAAAAAAAUGGUUAUGGUCAUGCUAAACCACCAUAUAGUUAUAUUAGUUUAAUAACAAUGGCUAUACAAAAAAGUGAAAAUAAAAUGUUAACAUUGAAUGAAAUAUAUAAUUGGAUAAUGGAUUUAUUUCCAUAUUAUAAAAAUAAUCAACAAAGAUGGCAAAAUAGUAUUAGACAUUCUUUAUCAUUUAAUGAUUGUUUUGUUAAAGUUCCCCGUACACCAGAUAAACCAGGAAAAGGAUCAUUUUGGUCACUUCAUCAUUUAUGUGGUAAUAUGUUUGAAAAUGGUUGUUAUUUAAGAAGACAAAAACGAUUUAAAUUACCAAAUCGUGAAAAAAGUUCCCGUAAAAUGCAAAGAGAAUCAUCAAAUGGUUCACAAUCGCAGACAUACUCUGAAGGUUCAGAUAAUGAAUUAAAAAAUGAAAUGUUAAAUAAUUCUGAUGAGUUACAAAAUUCAUCAAAUAUUACAGCAUCAUCAAGUCCAACAUCAACAACUGAUAUGUCAUCACUUCAUUCACGUAAUAAUAGUCCUAAUCAAAUAAUUAAACAAGAGUCAUCUUCACCAAUAAUUAAUGGAAUUAAUAAUAAUAACAAUACAACAUCAUUAGUUUCACCAACAUCAUUUAUAACAGCAACAAGUAGUCCUUCUAUUAUAACAUCAGUUGGUAAUUUACCAUCAAUGUCUGCUAGCUAUAUACCAUAUAAUGGUUCAACAUUUACAAAUAUUUAUGGUUCACAAGAUUUUACUACAAAUAUUCCAAAUCAAUCAGCUUUCACCAUUAAUACAUUAUUUGAUGGAAAAAAUCUUUUAGAUCCAUCAUCAUUUUAUACAACUGGAAAUAGUAAUCAAUUCAAUAUGUAUACUAAUCAAGGUACCGGUAAUAAUAAUAGUUAUUCUACCUAUCAAAAUACGUAUGCUACAACAUCAGGACAAAAUCUUGAACAAAGGAUUAUACCAAAUUUGGAUUGA